AUGUCCGUCAUCAUUCAAACUCGUGGUGAAGUGGGCGGUGGCGUCGCAGCUCACCUGCAGUGCCCCCACUGUGGCCAUUUCUCCAAGAGCCACGCCCACCAGCUGUCCCACAUGGCGGCCUCCCACCCCGCCUGCCUGGAUGGCGUGGUGGUUGGUCGCCUAGGCAACAUCCUGAUGUACCAGGGCACCGCCCGGCUGUUCCACUGCUCCGACUGUUUCUACACCAGCCGGGACUUCACCAAGCUGUACAAGCACAUCAUCUCCAAACACUGCAUGGACGAGAGGGAGGGGGGAGGAGGGGGAGAGGCAGGAGAUGAUGGGAGUGAUGGGGGAGAGAAGGAGAAGGAGGAGGAAGGGGAGGGAAAUGAAGAGGACGGCGCCCCCCAGAGGCCGGAGGCGAAGGAGAGGAACAUUGAAGGAGACGAAAGCGUUCUGAUGUUCGACGGCGCCGGUUACCGCUGCCUCAUCUGUGGCUGGAAGAACAAGCUGAAAGCUCUGGGCGUCAACCACGUGGUGAGGAAGCACGACAUCCCCAAAGCGUACGCCUCCCAGGCCGUCAGACGGGACGCCGCCCCACCCAAACAGACGCAGAGCAGCGGGGCGGCGGAGGAGGAGGAGGUGGCCGGGCUGAGCGGAGACCUGCUGAAGGAGGAGAUGGAGGCCACGGCCAAGGUGGUGCGCUUCAUCUCCAACCGCUUCGUCUGCCUCAUCUGUGGCUGGAAGACCAAACUCAAAGGUUUUGCCAUCAGUCACGUGGUGCGCAGCCACGACGUGGAGCGUCCGUACAGCUGCAAGGACUGCAAGCGCUCCUUCUUCCUGCCCAGCCGGCUGCAGCAGCACGUCAGAGCGUCUCACCGGCCCGGACGCUACGCCUGCCCCUUCUGCUGCUUCAGGUCCCACUACCUGGGAGGCUGGAAGUCGACGUGA